GUGCAGCGGCCGGAGAAGCCCUUUCUCGUCAGGACACAGCCGGCACGCGCAAGGACUCCUGAGCGAAAGGGCAGCCGUUGCAGCGAAGGGCGAACAGGCCAAUCUAGAGAAGAGCGGCGGCGCGCGGGCUGAGGAGAGGAGGGGGGGUCGCUUCCUGGACGCGGAACGGAGCGGAAGCCAUCGCCGUUCUGAGCACGGCUCCCCCUCCCUCCCCGCCCCGGCUUUUGCCAGCGCGCGCGCUCUCUCUCCCCCCUCUCGCGCGCCUCGUCCCCUCAGGGAGCGGCUGUUCUGUGGAGCUGCGCCAUCUCCCCUUCCGGAAGGGGGCGCUGUUCCUUUGGCUGGCGCGCCGCGCCUCCUCCCAUGAGGCUCCCCUGGCGGAGGCCGGGGCCUGCGCUGAGGUGGGGCGGGAGGCGGCCGUGGCCGCGGCGGCUGCUGCUGCUGCCUUAGGUCGAUGCCUGCUCGCUUGCUCGCCUGCCUGGGGCGGAGAAGGGCGGCGGCUGAGCGGGGAAGCCAGAUGAGGAGGCGGCGGAGGAGGCCGCUGCUGCCGCCGGGUCCCCCUCAGCCCCACCGGCCUCGCCAGGUAAAUGCAUCACAGGAUGAAUGAAAUGAGCCUGAACCCUGUAGGGAUGGAGCAGCUGACGGCUUCCUCUGUGAGCAAUGCCCUGACUGUCUCGGGAAGCCACUUAGGGUUGGCUUCCUCACCAACACACAAUGCCAUACCAGCACCAGGAUUACCAGUUGCAAUUCCAAAUUUGGGGCCCUCCUUACCCUCUGCUCUGUCCCUGAUGCUUCCAAUGGGCAUUGGGGAUCGGGGAGUGAUGUGUGGAAUACCAGAGAGAAACUAUACCCUACCUCCACCGCCAUACCCUCACCUGGAGAGCAGCUACUUCAGACACAUUCUACCUGGUCUUUUAUCUUAUUUAGCUGACAGACCUCCACCUCAGUACAUCCACCCCAACAAUAUAAAUGUUGAUAGUAAUCCAGCUUUAUCUGUCUCCAACAACCCUUCAGGCCUAGAUCCCUACCAGCCCAAUGGAACGGUGGGUCUCGAACCAGGCAUUGUCUCCAUGGAUUCCCGCUCAGUGAACACACACAGCACCCAAAGCUUGCAUCCCAGCGACAGCCAUGAGGUAGCUCUGGAUACCACAAUCUCCAUGGAAAGUGUUUCGAGGGUUACCAGCCCAAUCUCUACUGACAGGAUGGCUGAGGAACUUACAAUGGGUGAUGUGGCUGGAGAUCAUUCACAGAUUGCAAAUGGAAGCCAUAGUCAUGAGCCUCUAGCUGUGGAUGCUGUGGGUAGCAGCUUAGCCACGGACACUGUAGGUCAUAAUGGCGUCCUCCCUAUUCAUGGUAGCAGCUUGGAGCUUCCUGUUGUUAUGGAGCCUGACCACAUUGCAGGCCGUGUCAGUGGUCUAUCUGACAGGACACUUGGUGACUCCAUUCAUGCGGUGGCCAUGAGCAGCAAUUCUGUGAGUGUGGCACUUUCUACCUCACACAACCUCACAUCCCUGGAAUCUGUCUCCUUACAUGAAGUGGGUCUCAGUUUGGAGCCUGUGACUUCCAUAAGCCAGGAAGUAGCCAUGGGACAAACUCAUGUGGAUGUCUCCCCGGACAACCUUUCCUUUGUGCCGUCAUCACUGCAGAUGGAAGACUCCAAUUCAAACAAGGAGAACAUGGCUACCUUGUUUACCAUAUGGUGCACACUCUGCGACAAAGCCUACCCAUCUGAUUGUCCAGAUCACGGGCCUGUGACCUUUGUUUCAGACACCCCAAUCGAGAGCCGAGCCAGGCUUUCUCUCCCGAAACAGCUUGUCAUCCGCCAGUCUCUCAUGGGAGCCGAAGUGGGUGGGCAGUAUUGUCAGUUAUCAACAUGUCUUGGAUCUUCCUCCUUGGGUGUGUUGGCUAGAGAAACUAUUCCUGUACGCACUUGCUUUGGACCCCUCAUUGGGCAGCAGAGCCACUCCAUGGAAGUAGCAGAUUGGACAGACAAAGCUGCCAAUCACAUUUGGAAGAUGUACCACAACAAUGUCCUGGAGUUCUAUAUCAUCACAACUGAUGAAAAUGAAUGUAACUGGAUGAUGUUUGUGCGGAAAGCCAGGAAUCGGGAAGAACAAAAUCUGGUGGCUUAUCCUCAUGAUGGAAAGAUUUACUUCUGCACCUCACGUGAUAUCCCUCCAGAGCAUGAGCUUCUAUUUUACUAUAGUCGAGAUUAUGCCAGACAGAUCGGUGUUCCUGAGCAUCCUGAUGUGCAUACUUGUCACUGUGGAAAAGAAUGUGCUUCCUACACAGAAUUCAAGGCCCACCUGAGUAGUCACAUCCACAGCCACUUCCCCAGCCAGGGGCACAGCACCAACCAUGGACCAGGCCAUAGUAAGGAGAGAAAGUGGAAAUGCUCCAUGUGUCCUCAAGCUUUCAUCUCACCGUCUAAGCUUCAUGUUCACUUCAUGGGGCACAUGGGCAUGAAGCCACACAAGUGUGAUUUCUGUAGCAAAGCCUUUAGUGACCCUAGCAAUCUCCGUACACACCUCAAAAUACACACAGGUCAGAAGAAUUAUCGCUGUGCUCUCUGUGAAAAGUCCUUUACCCAGAAGGCCCACCUGGAGUCUCAUAUGGUUAUCCAUACAGGGGAGAAAAACCUCAAGUGUGAUUACUGUGACAAACUGUUCAUGCGACGGCAGGAUCUCAAACAGCAUGUGCUCACACAUACGCAGGAACGCCAGCUUAAAUGUCCCCAAUGUGAGAAGCUGUUCUUGAGGACAAACCAUCUAAAGAAACACUUAAAUUCUCAUGAAGGAAAGCGGGACUAUGUCUGUGAAAAAUGCUCCAAGGCUUAUUUAACAAAAUAUCAUCUCACUCGUCACCUAAAGAUCUGUAAAGGACCAACCUCCAGUCUCUCAGCCCAGGAAGAUGACGAGGAUGAUUCUUCAGAGGAAGAGGAAUUGAUAAACUCUGUAAGGAGUGACACCUGUAGGCUUAAUACAAACAUGUAUGUGACAAAUGACGCACUCUCUUGCCACAAAUAAGAAAUGGAGGACUUAAAAUAUAAAUCGACUCGACUUCCUAAAAUCAUGUUUAUUACACUACAGUGAAUUUCUGGGCAAGUACCAGAUCUCAUCCCCUUAUGAAAAUGGUGUAUGCACUCAGAGGUUUCCAAGAAGGGUAAAAACAAACUUAUCACCUAUCCACUUCAAGUGUGGAAACUGCUACUGGUGAUUUGGUUGAAGUGCAAUGCAUGACUUAAGAAAAACUGGCAGAUACCUCUGUAUUCUAGUCAGCUGCUUGGAACAAGAGCAGAUACCCUCAUUUACAGUUAAUAAAUUUGAUUUGUAUGCCUUCACAGCAGAACAGUGCCCUGACUCCUCCCCCACCCCAAGUGAUGUAUACAUUAGUUUGGGCUCAAUAUGAACUUACUUAAAUCAAUAUUCAUUGUACACCAAUGAAUUGCCCAUGUGUUAAGACAAUUAGUAUUUGCAGAUGAUACUGUUAAUAUACAGUAUGGGAUCAAUACAGGAAAGCAUGCUUUUAAUGCAGAUUUGGUUUUAGCAUGAGCCAGCAAUUUGCUGUAUAUAGUGCCAUAUGGUAUUACCUGUAUGGUUACUAAUAACCAUGUAUUUUGGGGAGUUCUGCUGCUAAUAUAUUUAUGGAAUGAAGAUUCAUUUAAAAUCUGUUUCCUUAUGGAAAAAUUAAAACACUGCUUUUUAACGCA